CGCUGGUCGGUGGGCGUGGGCGUGGUGAGGUGCGGCCGGCAGGAUGGACCACAGCGUGAAGGCCAUGACCCCACACCGGAAGGUGGCCUUUUCACGGCUCUGCCACAAACACCGCUUUGAAAAUGACGAGCUGGAGGAGCUCUACCGCCGCUACACGCUCAAGCUGCAGCAGGCCAGCGUGGCGGCCGCCUCCGCCCUCCUGCUCCUGCUGUCGCUGCUGCUGGCCGCCCUACAUGUAACUUACGCCCAGGUGGCGGCGCCGGCGCCCAUCACCCUGCUGGUGCUGUCAGUGGUGCUGGCCGUGCUCCUGGUGGUGCUACACUCGCGGCUCAUGCGACACUCAUAUCUUAUGCCCGCCUGUUACCUGAUACUGGCCCUCGGGGCCAUUCUGGUUGCCCUGGCCCUACCCCUACCCUCCAGUUGGAGCUGGGUCGGCUGGCAGACGCUGCCUACUGCUGGACAAGGUGUCUGGCAUGCCACCUUCGUCGCCUUCCUCGUUUACGCGUUGACUCCCGUGUCGACUCCACUGGCACUGACCUACGGCGUGGCACUGCCGGCGGGCCAGGCGGCCCUCGCCGCCACACUGGCCACGCCCUUCAAGCAACUCCACUGGCAGCAGUUGGUGGCGAAUAGUGUGGUGGCGGCGGCGGUGAACGUGGCGGGGGUGUGGCUCCAGCAGUUGAUGCAGGCGGCGCAGAGGAAGGCCUUUCUCGACACCCGGAACUGUAUCGCCGCCAGACUGCAGAUGGAGGAUGAGAACGACAAGCUGGAGCGGCUUCUGUUGUCGGUGCUACCCCAACAUGUGGCCAUGGAAAUGAAGGCGGACAUCAUCAAACCGGUGGAGGGACAGUUUCACAAGAUCUACAUCCAACGACACGAAAACGUCAGCAUGGUGUUCGCAGACAUCGUGGGGUUCACAGUGCUGGCCUCACAGUGCACUGCCCAGGAACUCAUCCGCCUCCUCAACGAACUGUUUGGCCGCUUUGACCAGCUGGCUGAUGAUAACCAUUGUUUGCGUAUCAAAAUCCUUGGCGACUGUUAUUACUGUGUGUCCGGCCUACCAGAAGCCCGGAGUGACCAUGCCAGAUGUGCUGUUGAGAUGGGACUAGACAUGAUAGAUGCCAUAGCGUCUGUAGUGGAUGCAACAGAUGUACAACUGAACAUGCGGGUCGGCAUCCACACGGGGCGAGUGCUGUGUGGUGUUCUGGGCCUCCGCAAGUGGCAGUAUGAUGUGUGGUCUAAUGAUGUCACUCUGGCCAAUAUGAUGGAAGCUGGAGGAGAACCUGGGCGUGUGCAUAUAACACAAGCUACUCUAGAUUGUCUGGGUGGAGAGUACGAGGUGGAGCUGGCUGAUGGGUACUUACGUUCACAGUAUUUAAGGGACCAUAAUGUAACCUCUUACUUCAUUAUCCCGCCACCACGGAGACGCAAGCCCUUCCUGUUCAACACUCUUCAGGUUCGGUCCGCCUUAGGGUCCACACACCGCAGAAAAUUAUCGUUCAAGAAUGUGAGCAACGUGGUGGUACAGCUUCUACACUCUAUAAAGUACUCGAUGGAGGUUCCCUUCUCCAACAUGGCAAUACCUCCCCAGGACAAAUCUACAUCCAUCACCAAGAAGAGGAAUAUAUUCUUUCACGAAUACUACGAAAUAGAGCGAACGUGCCCACAAUCUAGCCUGCUGUCAGACAAAUUCAAACGGCCAUUUAAGAAGAGACACUCCUCACUCCCACAUGCACCUUCCAAUCGCGUUAACAAAUAUUUGGCCCAGGCCAUCGAAGCCAGAUCUGUAGACCGGGAAAAGUCUACUCAUGUUUCACUAAUCACCUUGUGCUUUAGGGACAGAGAAAAAGAGAGAGAUUACCACGAAGAGUUAGAUGUGGGUUUCGGCAACUCUUUACUCUGUUCUCUGUUUUUACUGCUGUUUGUGGCUUCAGUGCAGGCGCUGGUGUUGCCGCGUACACUGCUCUUCCUUUUCCUGUUCUUGGCAGCAUUUGUAACAAUAUCUGUAAUGUUGAUUGUUCUGCUGGCAUCCAGGUUAAAGGUUACAUCUUGGGAUCCAGCAAGAAGAUUUGUCCUUCGUUUGAUUUUAACCAUAGUAGCAGUAACCGUCAUAUAUAUCAUGGCUCAGGUGAACUCAUUUACAUGCGAGCUGCCUCAAAUUCCAUGCAAAGCCAAUGUAACAGACCUAACAUCAAGCCGCCCAGGACCCCAAGAGUUUGUGCGCAACUUGUGGUGCCCACUGCCUGAAUAUAUUCCUCUCUCUUGUGUUGUUGGGUUCAUGGCUAUAGCAGUGUUCCUCCGGCUGCCAGUGUUGGUCAAAACACUUCUCCUCGUGUCAAUGGCUACUGUGUACUCGUUACUUAUAUUCAUCACACAUCUCCCGCUUUUCGCCUGUUAUGACAGACGUGUUGGGGCUGUGGUUCCAACAGAAGUCCUAGGGGUAGUGUAUAUCCUGCUGUUCUUAUUAGCAGUUAUUGCUCAUGGUCGCCAAGUGGAGUGGACAGCACGACUCGACUUUUUAUGGCAGUGUCAGGCUUCAGAAGAAAAACAAGAAAUGGAUGCAUUACAGGAAAGCAACCGCCGAAUCCUGUUUAAUUUGCUUCCAGCCCAUGUUGCCACCCAUUUCCUGGAUAAUCAGUUCAGAAACAAUAUGGAUCUCUACCAUCAGAGUUAUAGUCGUGUGGGUGUUGUGUUCGCUUCCAUCCCAAACUUUCACGAGUUUUAUAUGGAGUUGGCUGUAAAUAAUCAGGGCACAGAGUGUCUAAGACUCCUUAAUGAAAUAAUUGCUGACUUUGAUGAGCUGUUGGACGAUGAGAGAUUUAAGUCUGUGGAUAAAAUCAAAACAGUUGGAUCGACAUUCAUGGCAGCGGUGGGACUCAUGCCAGACAUGAGGAUAUUAGAUCAUAAAGAAGAAUCUGCCGGUCACUAUAUGUCAGUGCUCACAGAACUUGUGUUUGCAUUCAGAGAAAAACUUUCGAACAUCAACGAAAACUCUUACAACAGUUUUACGUUAAGAGUCGGCAUGAACAUAGGUCCAGUUGUGGCUGGAGUCAUUGGUGCAAGAAAACCCCAGUAUGAUAUAUGGGGUAACACUGUUAAUGUUGCUAGUCGAAUGGACUCCACUGGUCUCCCAAACCAUACUCAGGUAACAGAGGAGGUCUACCAGGUUCUGAAGAACAGGCCUUAUCAGUUUCAAUGUCGUGGAAAAGUCAAAGUCAAAGGUAAAGGAGAAAUGACUACAUACUUCUUAAUUGACCGUAAAGAACCCCCCACUAUGAAGGCAGAGGAUGGGUCACGACCACCAAAGGUACCGCCACAUCUGCAGAGCUAUGGAGGGCUGUUUGGAGGAGUAGCUACACCAUUGGCGAUGGUGCCCCCCAAGAUACCCCCUCAUGGUCGUAGUCUCUCUCAAGGCCUCACAGGACAUGGGGGACAUGGACAGUCUGGAGGGACUCCACGCUCACGCCGCAACCGAGACUCUUUCUGUGAGGAUAUCCAGGCAACGAACAUGAAUCUCAACCAGUGUGGACCAAAGAUGGGCGGUCGGCAGCAAGGAGGGGAUUGUCAGAGGUGUGAAGAGGAACCAUUACUUACCAGAGCUCCUCCAGCACCGCUAAAUGCACAUGUUUUACCACCUAGAUUCUCAGUAGCGCAAAUGCGUGCUUGUAAUAAAUCUCAAACACCAACCCGUGCAGCAAUGCAGCAGAUGAAGCCCCAAAGUUCAGUCACCACACCCAAGACCUAUUCACAGUCCCGUCCUCGUACAUACCGCCCAGAUGAAUACAAUCUUCCACAAAAUUCUUAUGUUCCAACCUGGGCCCGCUCUCAAAGUGGCGGUCAAGGAGGGCAACAGGGAAACAGUGGAGGGAAAAAAUCAUCUGGGCGCAGCCGUACGUCUCCAAGGAAAGAGAGUGAUGAUGGCCAGUUGCGACCUAUUGAUGCUAGUAGGGGUGCUCUCAGUGGCGGACUUAUUCUCCCACCAAUGCCCCGUCAUCAUCAUGUUGAGGAAGCCGGAGUACGUCAUAAGUUACGCUCCUUUGGUAGGCAUUACAGUGAUGACAGUCUUCAUGGAUCUUCUCACAGAGAUCUCCAUUCUACUCGCAUCCAUUCCUCAGCUGAUGAAAUAAGUUCUCUGAAUCGUUCACCAAGCUUGAGCUCUUCCGAUGAAAGUUUCUCUCGUACUGAUUUUUCUCGCACAGAUGCUGAUUCACCAUCACCACAGCAUGCACCUUCCUUAAGUGAUGAACGUUUUAAAUAUAUGUUUGGUGGUAUGAAUCUUGAAGGAGCAAUGGCACCAGGUUUUAGGGAACUUUCUCCUCAAAUAUACUCAGAUUAUUUGUCUAGUGUAAAAGCCUCAAGUGAUGAAAGCUCUCUGCGAUUAAACAGUCUUUCACGUGACUCUACAACCUAUUCCUACCCCAAUGUACCUGGGCUGUGGAGGGAAACUGACAUAGCUAGUCCUACUCAAGAUGAAAGGAUGCGAAGGGAUGAUUUAGUGAUACCAAAGUUGACUGCUGAAUUCUCGAGUGACAAGAUGAAACGUAGUAAGCACAGUGAUAAAGUGGAUGUGGAAGUACCCUCCCAUGUUGAUAAUUGUGUGAGUCACAGUGCUUCCCCAUCUAGUGAAAAGGUUAGACCAGGGUGCAGAUUGAGCUAUGUUGAUUGUGAUUUAAAUUCCCCCUCAAGAACUAGUGCCUCUGGUAGCACAAGUCGCAUGCGUAGUUUGGAAAAAAGUCCACGAGAAAGUACAGCUAUGACUCCAGACAGUGUUGUUAUGAUGCCUAAAAAGCGUUCCCUCUCAAGAGAAGAAGGAAUGAAGAUGAGCAACCAUAUUGCAGUAGAACAAGACCAGUCUCGAAAGCGGAGUUCAGAACGUCAGAAGAGAGAUGGAGAGUGCCAGACAGACCCCAGAAGUCAUCACCAUAAGAACAGUGGAGGAGGAAGCAAGGCAGGAGACAAGAACAAGGUUGAGAGGAAGUUAGAAAAAUCAGCAACAUUUGAGGGCAUACCAGAGGACCCAAAGUCUACACAACAUAACAGUGAAGGAGGAAGGUAUGGUAAUAGUGGUCCUGGUAGAAAAGAUGAAGGGGAAGGGGGGGCACAGCAACAUCUUAGUUCUGAUAUCAGCAACAAUAAUUCAAGUAGCGACAUUAUGGAGAUUUAUACAGGUAACACUCUAGAAGGUUACUCAGCUCUUCAGAAGGCAGCCCGAUUACAGGAGGAUGAGCUCAACAAUGUGCUUGCCUCCCCUGAUCAUUUCAGAUUGGAGCCACUCUGUCUUGAACCACAAGCCCUCAACCCACUCAUAUCUGAGCCAGUGAGCCUUGACCCAGUAAUGCUUGGCCUCCAUUUUGACCCUUGUGUUAAUCAGACUGUGCUGCAGCUCACCUCUGCUUCUGUAGAUGGGGACAUACAGCCCCACCUACCGGCCAAAUCCCAGCCGGCCAAGCGUUCUCUGGCUGACCCAUUGCCGCUAGACCACAGAGCCAAGGCUUCACGUGGCCCUCUAGGCCACAAGUUUCCUCUGGAGAUCCCAGCCCCAGAGAAAUUCACUCCACACCAGAGUGUGCGGAGAUAUGCUGGCUCCAGGACUGCAGCUGGGUGUGGCCACAGUGAAUAUGAAAAUAUGGAAUCGGAUGUCCCAGAUGCAUCUACAGAUGAUGAACGAUUAAGCAACGUUCGAGGAGAAAACCUAGACGGAAAACAUGUAGCCCGUGGUGAUGGCAGAGUUGAAGGGAGGAGAGAUGGUCAUGUACAGAGCCAGAGUAUUGGUAGAUCAAGCCACAAAGGAAUUGAACAUCCAACUGAUGAUGAAGAUGAUAUAAGGUCCUUUGAAGAGGAAGAGAGGAGGAUGGCUCAAGAACUCGGUGCACCAGAGGGAGAGAGAACAGACAAGCCUUCAGGUCCAUUACCAGGUGGAGGUGGUGAUGGGGGUGAAACAAGUCAGUCAGAAUGGAGUGAAGAUGAUGACGGAGCUGCAUCUGAGCCAUUGUUAGAUCAAGAGAGUACCGGGUACACCACAGAUGACCCAGCGCUGGAACAAGUGUCUAUGAUGAAUGAUGCUGGACUUACUGAUGCUGAGGGUGCCUUGAGUGAUGUGAAUUCCAUCUAUAAUGACCCUCAGCAGUACGACGGUGACAUGGAUGAUACGAGCAUGUCCUCUCGUGCUUCAUCAAGAAUUUUUGAUUCUGAUGCAAUUAUCUCAUUUGAUCAGAUUAAUGCAUAUUAUGAAUCUGAAUAUGACAAUUAUCGUCCAAGUGCAAUAGCCUCUGAUGGCUUUGAUACAGAACCAUUAUCUGAUGUAGAUUUGGAUGGUAUUGAUGGAAUUAAUUUACAAAAUAUUAGAUCCAUGUCUGAAAGCAUCACCAGAAACUUUGGACAGCCAAGAAGUGAGACUGAUGUGGACAGUGAUGUAUGAUAUUGGGUAAAGUCUUUAAUGGAAGACUAUUGUAUCGAAACUACAGUAUAAAUAUAAAACUCUGUGGAUCUAUUGAUGGUCAACUUUCAUCUUGACUAAUGACUGACAUACGUAAUACAGGACAAAAUAGUGUGGAACCCUCGCACAAGGAUGGCUUGUCAUAACCACAUGAAGAAAAUCUCUGGAUGAUCCACAUAUUUACAAUAAGAAAAUAUGUUACAUAUUUCAUGUACAUGGAAGUUUUGUGCUCUUGUGCAGAAAUUGAUGCACAUCAUUUAUACAUUUUAUACUGUCUUUGUAGCAAGACAGAUUUAAUGAUCCACAAACCCAGAUGGGUGCUGUAUGGGGUUUUAUAAUUGGUAUUUAUUGUGAUGAGGAAAUGCAUUGUAUUAGUGAGCUGAGUAGAAAAAUGACUGAUUUAGCUGAGUGUUACCAAUUAAACCUGGGAAUGUAUUAUAUGUUUAAUGUUUCAAGUUAUAUUAGUGUGCCAGCCAGAGCCUGAGGUUGUUAGAAUAUACAUUAAUUUGUGAAAACAUAAAUGUAUUAGAUGCCUGUAAGCUUCAGUUUGAUAGAGGGGUAAUAUAAUACCUAUAUUUGUUAUAUGUAAGGAUGUAAUAUAUGAAUUACAGUUGAUGAUGAAUAUCCUGAGAGGCAAUCAAAUGAUAAUGCAUUGACAGACUGGAAAUGGUACACAGUAACACUCACAUUAUUAUCCCUGCUGCAGAACUAUGCCUAUAUUCAUGUGGUACAUAUUCAUUCUAUUUUUUUUCUUGUCUACCAAAGAUGUUAAUGAAUCUGAUCUUAUCUUUCUCACUUUUAAAGUGAUUAUCAAAGUUAAUGAAAAAUUCUGAGUCAAGUUUAUAUUGAAACAGCACUUUAAUCUUUAGGAUUAUUUCCUUAACUGUUUGUUAUCAACAUUUUAUGAGAAACUAGAUGAAAAUUUCAUAAAUGUAAUCUGCUACUGUGCAGUGAUUCUAGGUACCUGGUAUUAAGAUGAUUUUGAAUAUUAUUCCCAAAAUCUUCAGAACUGUAUUACUAAAACUUUUUAACACAUCAGAAGUAGGCUGAAAAUUUUGAUGAUAAAUCUUAAAUAAUUAUGUUGAUAAAAAUUACAGUGUCAAUGGUAACUGAUGAUAAUGACAGAUGUAUUUCACAAAAAGUGUUUUGCCAUUUGGGGAAUAUUUCUAGAGUAUUUCCCAACCUUUUAUUUGGCUUUGAAAAGAGUUAUCAGAUGUUUCCUACUCUUAUAUUUGAUUCUUCAAAUAAUGGCACAGUAUUCUGCAGGUCAGGUACAGUCAGCC